UGCGCAUGCGCGUCGGGUCUCCCCAGAGUUUCGGCCUGUUCCGCCACCACUCGGCGAUUUUCGCCUCUUUGUUACACUGAUAGUGGAUUUAACUCGGAUUCAACCAAACAUCCAGCGGACUGUGCGGCUCUCAAACAGGCUUUGAUGAGAGGCUCUUCAUGAUGAUCAGCAGCUAACGCCGUCCACCCCCGGCCGGACAACCGCAGGAAGAGACGUGGCUGCUGCUGCUCCAUCCACAGUCGACGCAUGGCGGUAUUAGGGAACCCCGACAUGCUGACGAGGAAGAUCAAGCUGUGUCACAUCAACGCCCACAUCACAUGUCGCCUGUGCGAGGGCUACCUGAUCGACGCCACCACCGUCACAGAGUGCUUACACACCUUCUGCAGAAGCUGCCUUGUGAAGUAUCUGGAGGAGAACAACACGUGCCCCACGUGUAGGAUUGUUAUUCAUCAGAGCCAUCCACUGCAGUACAUCGGCCAUGACAGAACAAUGCAAGACAUCGUCUACAAGCUGGUACCGGGACUUCAAGAGGCGGAGAUAAAGAAGCAGAGGGAUUUCUACCAGAAGUUGGGCAUGGAGGUGCCUGGGGACAUCAAAGGAGAGCUGUGCAACAUGAAGACUCAUCCAGAUCAGCGCAACGGCGACACAAAGUCAGAAGACACGGCGAACAAGGAGGCUGGAGAGGAGAAGCCAGAGGAGGACAACGACUAUCACCGCAGUGACGAGCAGGUCAGCAUCUGCCUGGAGUGCAACAGCAGCAAGCUCCGAGGUCUGAAGCGUAAAUGGAUCCGCUGCUCGGCGCAGGCCACCGUCCUCCACCUCAAAAAGUUCAUCGCCAAAAAGCUUAACCUGACAUCGUUUAACGAGCUGGACAUUUUAUGCAACGAGGAAAUCCUGGGAAAGGACCACACUUUGAAAUUUGUUGUUGUGACAAGAUGGAGAUUUAAGAAAUCUCCGCUCCUGCUCCAUUACAGACCGAAGAUGGACCUGCUGUAGCUACGACGGACACACUGGUUGUUUUAUUUGGAUCUUUUUGGUCGGCUCAGUCGCCGCAGACUUUAGUGAAACUUUCUUCUUCUUUUUUUUAUUAUUUAUGCAAAGACGAUCAACCAACACCAAGCAAACACCUGACGUCGACAAAAGCCAGCAAUUUGACAUCUAACGAGACAAAAAAAACUGGCACAGGACCUGCAACACCGGCUUUACGAACUAAAACAACCUUUUUUUUUUUCACCCCCCCCCCCAUCUGCUACAUCCUACAUAUGUGAAAAAAACAGAAAAUGGAAAAAAAAAAGGAGAGAAAGAAUAUAUUUAUACUUUUGUACAGAAAAGACAUGAACCAAGACACUACUGGUGCUCUGUUUACACACAAACAAGAUGUCUGGAGUCAUCUGAACAUGUUUUUCCAGCUUCAUCCUCUUCAGACGAUGACUGACGGGAGAUAAAGGUGUUUUUUUUUUUUACUAUAAAUAAGAAUAUACAUAAAAAGGUGUCUUUUCACAAUACACAACAUGUUCUGGGAGCACAGAAAGUUUAUGGAAAAGUUAUAUAACGCAUCAAUUUUAAGCAGAUAAAUCAAUUUUCCUUGAAUCGUUUUUUUUUUUCUUUUUUUUUUAUUCAUUAUGUCUGAUUUGGAUUCCUGAUGAUUGUCAAUUGUGAAUAGGCUUUUUUUGUGUAGUAAUUUAUGUUUCAUAUGCUGAUAUUGUACAUAAAAUGUCAUUACAGAGAGAUUGAAGAGAGACUUUAGACUGUUAAAUAGAAAAAAAAAGAGUGGAUCCCUGAAGUGCUAUCUAUAUGGUGAUUAAGACAGACUCGCUAUCAGUAUCAGAUUAUAUAAAAACGUCUUUAUGUUGUCUGAGGAGGACACAAAACAGCUAUAUCAAAUCUGCAACCAUUUAUGUGUUUGUUGGGUCUGAAUAUGUGAACCGACCUUAACGGGGAGGAGGAGGCAAACUGUCCCCAUCUGAAAGCUCCUCCUCUAGAGAAUAUUUGCCCGGAAGACAUACAAGAUGUUGUCAUUUAGGCAGAGAAAUUGUCCAUUUUGAUUUUAUGUCUUUACACCAAGCAGUCCUUAAUAUCCGUCCUUGUUUUCCUGCACUGGUUUUUAUCAGCAGCAGAAACUUUUACCUUCACCUGUAAGGAAUUUUAUAUAAACUAGACUCAGCAGCUCCACUUGCAGUCUUACCCCGUUUGUCCUGAUUUAUGUUUUUGGGUGUUUAGAUGUGGACGGAGUCGGAGGACAGGCAUUUAUCUGUGCAGGAAACACAGCAGGUCAGUCGUUACUGGUGUUGCAUCUUCUUUAUUUUAUUUCAUUUUUUUUUUCUCAAGAGACGUAUUUCACUGCCAGUUGGAGAAGCUGCACGGUCUUCAGGUGCAUUCCUGCAAAAACGAUUAGAUUUUUUUUGUUCCUGUAUUUUGAAUGUUUUGCAGAACAGCCAGCAUUCAAGUGUUUUUUUUUUUUUUUUACAGUAACACAAAUUCAGGUCUCAACAAUAUCCGAGGUAUUAUUUAGAGCAUUUUAAUAUUGAAAUUCAGAAUUGAUUGACCACAGUCGGGUGGUUUGGUGCUUUAAAUGUACGUUUGUAACCUUAAGGAUGUUUAUAUGUCAACAACAUGCUGUUCUUAACUGUGUGAAGCGGCAGAUCCACAAAAAAAAAAAGGUCUUUGAUUCCUGAGCGCCGUGGCAGACCUCAAGUAUCGUUACUUCUCAGCCUCCUUCACCCUCUCCACUGAAUCAGUCCGCUACAUGUUCUUCUGUUACAUCCCCAAAGUAACGCGUCACACAGAUGCAUCUCGAUCGUGUAGAGUAUAAUUAAGCAGUUCCAUUAUUUCAACGAUUCAAUAAAAAA